GAGAGAGGGAGGAUACAGUGCAAUAUCAUGAGAGGGAGAGAGCAAAACAGAGAGAGUAAUAGAGGAGGCAAGAGCACCUUCAGGCAGAAGGAGGAAUAAGUAAAAAUAGGAAAAUCCUGUCUGUGCUGCUAAAGCUGUUUACAUCCUAGGUUGCUGAAGACAAGGAGGGGCUGUGACUGAAGUGAGAGUGCUGCUCAAGCUGGGUCCAGUUCUAAGGAUGCCCGGGGUGUAAGUGAGGUUCUAUAGCGGUUCCACAGCACCACCAGGCAGGAACCAACGCUGGGAUGCAGAACCUACGACAUGCAGCCACGGAGGCUUUCCAUCGCCUGGGUCUGAAGCAAAGACAGCUGGGAUAUGAGGAGUUGGAUGAGGCAGACCCGUCCUACUCCAAGCCCCAGCCUCACUGGUUCCACACGCUGCAGGUCCGCAGGCUGACUGUCCAGAGAGGACGCAGCAACAGUGACCCUAUGGGGGGAAAGAGUUUCGAUCAGGACUUCCAAUGGAAAACCGGCCUACAGUUUGGCACAGUCAACUCCUACCUGAACCUGGAGAAGAUAGGGGAAGGGACAUACGCUACAGUCUACAAGGGCAUCAGCCGGAUAAACGGGCACCUGGUGGCCUUGAAGGUGAUCCGUAUGAAGACUGAAGAAGGCGUACCAUUCACUGCCAUCCGGGAGGCUUCCCUCCUGAAAGGCCUGAAACACGCCAACAUUGUCCUGCUCCAUGACAUCAUCCACACCAAAGAGGACCUCACAUUUGUCUUUGAGUACGUACAAACAGACUUGGCUGAGUAUAUGACGCAGCACCCAGGGGGCUUGCAUUCCUACAAUGUCAGGAUCUUCAUGUUCCAGCUACUGCGGGGUCUGUCCUACAUCCACGGUCGGAGGAUCCUGCACCGGGACCUCAAACCCCAGAACCUGCUCAUCAGCUACCUGGGGGAGCUCAAACUGGCUGACUUCGGGCUGGCCCGGUCCAAGUCCAUCCCAUGCCAGACCUAUUCGUCUGAGGUGGUGACUCUGUGGUACCGGCCUCCUGAUGUCCUACUGGGUUCCACUGAUUACUCCACUGCUCUGGACAUCUGGGGAGCUGGAUGCAUCUUCAUUGAGAUGCUCCAGGGAACGCCAGCCUUUCCAGGGGUGGCAGACGUCUUUGAGCAGCUGCAGAAAAUAUGGGCUGUCGUAGGGGUCCCGACUGAGGAGACGUGGCCAGGAGUGAACGAGCUGCCCAACUUCAGACCAGAGUGGUUUCAACCGUGUGCGCCCCAGCAAUUCAGGAAUGUUUGGAAAAGACUGUCCCAGUUGCCCUAUAAGACAGAGGACCUAGCCCAGCAGAUUCUGAUCACCAUCCCACGAGACCGCAUCUCGGCCCAGGAUGCACUGCAGCACCCCUAUUUCAACACGCUACCGCCCCCCAUCAUGCAGCUACGAGACACUGUAUCAGUCUUCAAGGUCCCCGGAGUGAGGCUGGAGACCGAGGUGAAGGAUAUCUUCAGUCCCAGUCGAAGGAUCAGACCGUCACAGCUGGUGCCCUUGGCUAAGUGCUGGUGAUAAUGGACCUCUACCCCCCUGGGCUUGACCCCUAACCCCAGGUGCCCCAGCCCUGCUUGCAGGCUAGACCACCAUCUGAUCAAGAUGGAGAGGCAUGAGGCUUCACACACACAACACUUACCUACACCACCAGCAUCCUCCACCAACCUCUGCUCUUGACUCCAUCCAGCAUUCCUCAGAGUUCCCAUGUAAGAAGAUAGGAGAGAAGAGGGGUUGAAUGUUACCUGGUAUAUCACAUAUUAGAUGACGUCAGAAGUACUGUAUGUACUGUAUAUACUCUAUAUCUGAGACCCGAUGUCUGUUGUUGGUGGCAACGGAAAGCUACGCAGUGUCUAAGAGAACUGUCAGGAAGCUCAGAACUCCUUAACAUCUUCCUCCUGCUAAACCACCUCCUCCUGCUUCUUCCUCUUCCUCUUGCUUCCUCCCCUUGCUUCCUCCUCUUGCUUCCUCCUCCUGCUUCCUCCUCCUUCUCCUCAGCUGGUUUACCUCUUUCUCUUGCUUCCUCCUCCUGCUUCCUCCUCCUUCUCCUCAGCUGGUUUACCUCUUUCUCUUGCUUCCUCCUCCUGCUUCCUCCUCCUUCUCCUCAGCUGGUUUACCUCUUCCUCUUGCUUCCUCCUCCUGCUUCCUCCUCCUUCUCCUCAGCUGGUUUACCUCUUCCUCUUGCUUCCUCCUCCUGCUUCCUCCUCCUGCUUCCUCCUCCUUCUCCUCAGCUGGUUUACCUCUUCCUCUUGCUUCCUCCUCCUGCUUCCUCCUCCUGCUUCCUCCUCCUUCUCCUCAGCUGGUUUACCUCUUCCUCUUCCUCUUGCUUCCUCCUCUUGUUUCCUCCUCCUCUUGUUUCCUCCUCCUCUUGCUUCCUCCUCUUGCUUCCUCCUCCUGCUUCCUCCUCCUGCUUCCUCCUCCUCUUCCUCUUGCUUCCUCUUCCUGCUUCCUCCUCCUGCUUCCUCCUCCUUCUCCUCAGCUGGUUUACCUCUUCCUCCUCCUGCUUCCUCCUCCUUCUCCUCAGCUGGUUUACCUCUUCCUCCUCCUGCUUCCUCCUCCUUCUCCUCAGCUGGUUUACCUCUUUCUCUUGCUUCCUCCUCCUGCUUCCUCCUCCUUCUCCUCAGCUGGUUUACCUCUUCCUCUUGCUUCCUCCUCCUGCUUCCUCCUCCUUCUCCUCAGCUGGUUUACCUCUUCCUCUUGCUUCCUCCUCCUGCUUCCUCCUCCUGCUUCCUCCUCCUUCUCCUCAGCUGGUUUACCUCUUCCUCUUGCUUCCUCCUCCUGCUUCCUCCUCCUGCUUCCUCCUCCUUCUCCUCAGCUGGUUUACCUCUUCCUCUUCCUCUUGCUUCCUCCUCUUGUUUCCUCCUCCUCUUGCUUCCUCCUCUUGCUUCCUCCUCCUGCUUCCUCCUCCUGCUUCCUCCUCCUCUUCCUCUUGCUUCCUCUUCCUGCUUCCUCCUCCUGCUUCCUCCUCCUUCUCCUCAGCUGGUUUACCUCUUCCUCCUCCUGCUUCCUCCUCCUUCUCCUCAGCUGGUUUACCUCUUCCUCCUCCUCCUUCUCAGAGCAUCUCCUUGGACUCACUAGGCUCUCUCUGCCUCCUCCUAAAUGUACACUGAGAUUCAAUGAUGACAAUGGGUUAGUUUUGCAGAUGAGUGUUUUAUUUUGUACUGACAAAACAUGCAGAUAUUAUAUACCUCUUAUGUUAAAUCAGGUCCUUGUGGACCAUGAUUGUUUUUUUUUGCACAGCAUGCAGGUGGGUAUCCCUGCAACAGAAUGACUGUGACGGUUGUGUGUACACUGUUGCGUUGUGUGUACAAUGUUGCGUUGUGUGUACACUGUUGCGUUGUGUGUACACUGUAAUUCAUGUUAGCAUUGUACCGUGAAACCUCCUCCUUAACACCCCAUAUAGCGUAUUUUUCAUUCGGCAAUCUUGUGAUCAAUUGUACUAUACCUGGGUGCAGCUUGCUUUUAAAAUGUGUGUUUUCGUGAGAAUGGGUGAAGGAGUGUGUGAGUCAAUAAAUGUUGCAGUCAUGAUA